AUAAUGGCUGAUCCAGAACUCGCUGCUCUCCGUGCCGCACGUCUCAACCAACUUCAACAAUCUGGAGGUCCAGCAGGAGGAGCGGGGGGCCAGGGUGGCGAAGAGGAGGCAGCGAACAGGCAGCGGGAGGAGCAGAUGAGGGGGGAUUUACUGGCUACUGUGCUGGAGCCUGCUGCAAGGGAGCGAUUAUCGAGAAUAUCGUUGGUUUCACCCGAACGAUCUCGGCAGAUUGAGGGGAUCUUGUUGAGGAUGGCACAGUCCGGACAGCUGAGAGGGAGGGUGAGCGAGAACCAACUUAUUGAUCUACUGGAGCAGGCUGAGGAGGCGCAGUCCAAGACUGCCGCGAAGGGCACAAUCAAGUUUCAGCGGAGAGAACUGGACGACGACGAUGAUUUCGACAUCUGAGUCCUAGGACAAUGUGCGCUUUGAACGCUUUGAACGUCCGAUUUGCUUGUAUCUGUAUCUUUUCCCACUGUAGCCUCUUUUCAUCACUAUGGGUAUCGCUGGAAACAAUCAGGUGCUAUGAUAGCCCGAUUUCCGUACUGAUAUUGUUCACCAAGUUCCCAGCUUUAACAAGC